AGGAAGUGAUAUCCCCUCUUGUUGGAGAACAAAGGAAUCCGUAACUGAACCAAACUGGCCCCCGAGCUCUGCCAUCAUCAUUCUAAUUUGACAACUUCUGUGUACUGGGCGAGCUGUGACAUGCCCGUGUUGUCGCACAUAGACAAUGAGAGAUGGAGCAUCUUCUGGACCCCAAGAGGGAGGGAAAUGGCACAGAGGAACCAGCCUCUCCCAUUGCACAUAUUGCAGGCAACAGGCUCAUCCUGGAUGUUUACCUGGAUGGCUGCGAGAGGUUCUUGCAGGUGACAGAGGGACAGAAAAGUGCACUGGAGGAAGUGGAAUUUCUAGCACUGAACAGCCAUGAUGAAAUGAUAACAUCAGCAGUAACAGCUCUGCCUAUGUUCAGAAGGCUUAAAUCAUUAAGACUGAAAGGUGUAUAUUUGCUGGAUGAAAAUGUAAGGCGUCAGAAUGGUUUGCUGUCCUCUCUACCUCCAGACCUCAGCCAGCUUUCCCACAUAGAGUACCUGGAUCUCAGCUUCAACAGCUUUACAGAAUUACCACCUUGUGUCACCACCCUUCCAUGUCUGUCUACUCUGCACCUUGGCUACAACCAGCUCAGGACUCUACCAGAUGACAUUUGUAAGCUAAAAAGUCUGACUUCUCUCAUAGUUAUGUUCAACCAGCUGACUGAGAUUCCUGCAUCCAUAGGACAGCUGAUAAUUAUGAAAACAUUGAACCUGUCAAAUAACAUGCUAGUAUCUUUGCCAGAGGAGAUUGGAGACCUGGAGCAGUGUGUCAUACUGGAUUUGUCUGAGAACAAUAUCAAAAGUCUUCCAGAAACAUUGUGUAAUCUGGUGUCCUUAAAGCAACUUAUUCUUUUCAGUAAUGGGCUUGUCAAUGUACCAGCGGGUCUGGCCAGUCUGCCUCAUCUCACUCAUCUGCAUCUACAGAACAACAAACUGCGCUCUGUACCCAUAGAAAUCACACUGUGUUCUUGUGUACGGCUACAGGGUAAUCCAAUAGGGGAGCCUGAACCCUCUUCUCCUUCUGAAGGUGAGAAUAAUGGCACAGAGAUGAAAAAGAUCUAUGUGAAAUCUAAUGAAAAAAGUUUUUUGGUCACACCAGAGGGAUGCUGCGUACUUAUACCUGGUGGUUUUCAGCUUUGUUUUCCUCAUGGAGCCGUGUCUUUCCCCAAGAAAAUUGGUUUUCAGAUAUUUCAACCAGAUUCCCAGCAUGUGAGACUUGGACAUCAUGAUGUGCUGCUCAGUAGUACCUUGGAGCUUCAGCCUCAUGGUAUUCAGUUCCAUCAGGAUGUUGAAAUCACCAUCCCUUUCACUUACACGAAGUGUGUGCGAAAACGAGAGGUGGUUAUUAGGACUUUCGCUGACUUAUCAGAAACAUGGACAGACCUGAGCACUACAACAAAAGAUAAAUCAAUGGUAGCCACCUGCAGGACCCCUCACUUCUCAUGGUUCCUUGUGGUCUCACGUUUAGUGGAAGAUAGAUGUGAGGUGCCUAAGGAAGGAGAGCUCCUUUUCUCCACUGUGGACCAGAACAUUCGGGUUGAAUUUCCAGCUGGAGCAACUCAGAGGACCCGAACAAUUCGUAUGCAGGUUUUACCAGUCAGCAAAAAAUUACUGCGGGAGAUCACAGGAGACAAUGCAUCUUCCACUAGCCCACUCCUAUGUCUUUCACAGAGUUCAACAGACAACUUCUUACGUCCUGUUAAAAUCCAGCUACCGUUGCCACCAGAAGUGAAAGGUAAUACUUUGGAUCGAUCCCACCUUUUCCUCUUGCAUGGUGAUCCGCGGGCACAGACCUGGACCGAUAUUACCAGUCAGGUUGUGUUACAGAUUACUCAUAUUUACGCCCAAUUCCAGGUGGAUCAUUUCUCCUGGUACUGGCUGUGGUACACCACAAAGUCCUAUGUGGGUGAGCUGGCCAAGACUGUGUAUCAGCGCCUACGUAUGUACCAGGUAAACUUUGUUGCUCUCCAGAGGAAAAGAGACCCAGAGCAAGUGUUGCUGCAGUGCGUCCCCAAACAUAAGGUGGACUCCACAGUGAAGAAGCUGCAGGAUAGAUAUAAAGGCCCCGAGCCCUCUGACCUAGUGGAACUUGUAGAAGGGGAACAGUUCUUUGCGGCAUUCGAACAGGGACUAAAGCUGCAUUCAGAGCGUCCAGAUUGUGUGAAUGGAAAAAUAUCUUUUGUGUUCUAUGCAAAAAUGAAAAACAUGAAGGAGGUAUAUGUGGCUUCUUCUACUGACAGGAAGGAGGGGGAUGUUAAAGGGCAGGUGUCAUUUUACCGUGGAUCAGUUCCAGAAGUUGUGCCUAAGGAAGCCACUAAACACAGGAAAGGCACAAAUUCUGACUGGAUGGCCACAUUGCCUAUCAGAUUACCAAAAAUAAAAGGUCUUAACCAGGAGGAUGAAAGGCAAAGAAUUAGCUACUCACUGCGUCCCCUGAAUUUAGGCAACGCCGAGGUUGGAUACCUCACAGAAACCAACCUGCUCAGUAUUGCUACACAGAUUGGAUCAGACUGGAUGAACAUUGGUAUUAACCUUGGUCUGCCCCAUACAGAUUUACAACGUAUUAAGCAUAAUAACAGCAAUGAUUUUAAUCAGCUGGUAUUAGACAUGCUGUUUACGUGGGCACAGAAGAACUCUACAGAACCAGACUGCAUAGAGAAGCUUGUGCAGGCCAUGCGGACAAGCAAGAGAAAUGACAUAGCAGAUGAAAUAGAAGAUGUGAUUGCUUUAGGAAAAGAAAAGUACAGACAGUCCAUCCAAAGAGUAGGCCUUGACCAAGGCAACAGCAGUGAAGACUCAGCCAUUGUCAUGAGCCAGUCAUGAGGACUCAACAGACAGAAGAUGAUAUAUAAGAGAUGAGUAAUUAAAUGGUGGUGCGUUUAGCUUCUG